UGACUGGAGUGUUGUUUCAUAACUGUGACAACUAAAUAAGUACAAAUAUCUGCACGGCUUCACACACAAACCAAAAAGGAAAAAAUGGCUGCUGCUUCUUCUUCUUCUACUCCUUUCUUCAAUUCCUUGACUUCUCUUUGCAACUCCAAGAAGAAGCCAUCCUUUGACCUUUCUCUCCACACUCUCAAAUUGGGUUUUUUUGGACCCACCCCCAACUCUGCCAUUGCUUCUCUGAGAUUGAAGAAGCUGAAUUAUGGUAAAGGAUCGAGUUCUGGUUUCUCUAUUGUAUGUAAAGCUGUGUCGGUUAAGCCUGACACUAAGGUCGAAGGACUUAACAUUGCUGAUGAUGUUACUCAGCUUAUUGGGAAAACACCAAUGGUGUACUUGAACAAUAUUGUGAAGGGCUCUGUUGCAAAUGUUGCUGCCAAGCUUGAGAUCAUGGAACCAUGUUGCAGUGUGAAGGACAGGAUAGGGUACAGUAUGAUUGCUGAUGCUGAGCAAAGAGGAGUUAUAACACCUGGAAAGAGUAUUCUUGUGGAACCUACAAGUGGAAACACAGGCAUUGGCCUUGCAUUCAUAGCUGCCUCAAAAGGAUAUCGACUCAUCUUGACAAUGCCAGCAUCAAUGAGUUUGGAAAGAAGAGUUCUUUUUAAAGCAUUUGGAGCUGAGCUUGUUUUAACUGAUUCAGCAAAAGGCAUGAAGGGGGCAGUUCAGAAAGCUGAAGAGAUUUUGAAAAGCACACCCAAUGCCUACAUGCUUCAGCAAUUUGAUAAUCCAGCAAAUCCUAAAAUACACUAUGAGACAACUGGUCCAGAGAUCUGGGAAGACACCAGAGGCAAAGUGGACAUUUUUGUUGGAGGGAUUGGAACCGGUGGAACCAUAUCUGGAGUUGGUCGGUUCCUUAAAGAACAAAAUCCUAUAAUCAAGGUUAUUGGUGUGGAACCUGCAGAAAGCAACAUACUUUCUGGUGGAAAGCCUGGUCCUCACAAGAUUCAAGGGAUUGGAGCGGGUUUUGUACCUAGGAAUUUGGACCAAGAUGUGGUUGAUGAAGUCAUAGAGAUAUCCAGUGAUGAAGCUGUUGAAACAGCAAAACAAUUAGCCCUUCAGGAAGGCUUGUUGACUUUUACUUUUAAUCAUCCCAUUGUGAAUGCAAGCAAUAGGAAGUCAAUGCAAAUGGAAAGAAGCCUCUUUUUUUGGUACAUAUGAGGUCCAAGGCGGUGGGAGGUUUUCGAACCUGGGACCUUAACCCUCCUAAAGAGUGGCAACAUCCAUUAGGCCAACUCUAGGCUGUUGGAGAGAAGUCAAGUUAAAACUACAGGAGAGCUAGAGGGAAAAAUAAAUAUUACUAAUUUAGUAAGACUAUUUUUUCUCCUUAAGCUUGUUGGUUUGAUGGAUAUUGGUCAUGCAUUUACAGACUGGUCUGCUUAGUGAGCUUGUUUUACUCAUUGAAAUUACAAAAUCUUUUAUUCUGACAAGAAUGAGGGAACUGUGUCCUGUGGGUUAAGUUUAUUAUCUUCGCAUCUGGUUUUUGUCCAACUUAAGAUUAGUGAUAGCUGGAUGUAGAGAGCCGUAAUGGAGUUGGGUCUAGCUGUGUAUUUACUUGCUCUUGCUGAGCUUGAUCUCAAAAGGGCAAUUUCUGGCUCUGCUUGACUUUGAACUGAGGUUUAGCUAUGCCUGUACAACCUGGUCUGUAACACUUCAGCCAAGCUCAAGCCCAGCUUGGUUGGCUUGCCAUUCUAGUAAAUUCUUCUGUUUUGGCUCAAGCAGGACAACUUGGCGUUAGAAAUCUUCACCAUAAAAUCAAACGAAUUACAUACAAACAUAGUAUGAAUAAGAAAAUCAAGCAAAAAAAAAAAAGCACCCUAAAUCAAGGGAACAACCUGAAAACCAAUCAAGUAUAAUUGAUGAGGAGAAUGAUGGUUCAAUUGGUUCUUGAAAGGAACCCAAUUGCUUCCUGCAUUACCCUUUUAUUUUUUUCAAUCUCUCUCCCAUCUUCCUGUGUCUAUGUUGAAUCUCCAUCUCUCUUGUUUCUCUGUUAAACUGGAAGAUGACAUUUACUGGCUUUGGUAUGUAAAGUGACAGCUUGGAGUAGGUCCUGGAAUUCUUAAUAAAUUCAAUGUCUAAUAGAUGUGGUAUACUAUUCCUCCAUUGCUAAUUUAAUUCAUUUUUAGCCAAUUAAUUUUAUUC